AUGCCGAUCCUCCGACCGAAAACCAUCCUCCCGCUGGUGGCCCUCUUCUCCAUUGGGUUUUUCUUCUAUUGCGUCGAGCGGUUUGACCGCAACGCCUUCCUCCAGUACAAGCAACCUCCCCCUGCCGAAGGGAUACGAUCGAACCAGCCUCAAAUCCAGCUGCAGCCGUCGGCGCCUGCAUCCUCCAAGGCUUGCGAUGUCCACCCGUCCGAAUUCGCCUUGCCUCCGUUGCCUUUCUCUGAGUGGCUCCCUCGCAAGAACUACACCCGCACCUACAUUCGCCCUCGCCAUGUGAACCCCAAGACUGAGUUUAACACGCUGGAAGAUAUCGAGGCCCCGGUCCUCCCGCCCAUGACCGUGAUGGAGCGCGGCAUGGUCGUUUCGCGUGAGAACGCCGGAUCGGAUCUGCCCUGCCCGCCCGUCGUCGAUGUCGACGUGGCCGCCGAUCAUGAUGUGGAAGAGACCGACAAACUCCUGUUUGGCUUGGCCACGACGGCUGACCGCCUGGACCGCCUCCUCCCGUCGCUCCUCUACUCGUACGGGAACACCAAGGCGACCAUUCUCGUCCUUCUGCCCGAAUCCGAUGACGAUAUCCCCAAGCAGCAGACCUACUUCCGCAAUCGUGGUCUGGAUAUCAUUCUGAUUCAGUCUCCCCUCGACUUCACCGCUCGUUAUUUCGGACUGGUGGAGGCAUUUGCCAACCACAUCCGCACCCAGCGUCCCCAGACGACCUGGGUGGGCUUCAUUGAUGACGACACCUUCUUCCUCUCUCUGCCCACGAUCGCGGAGGAGCUGAAGCUCUUCGAUGCGACCAAGAAGCAUUACAUCGGAGCCCUCUCGGAGGCCAGCUGGCAGGUUGACACGUUCGGCCACAUCGCUUUCGGCGGUGCCGGUGUCUUCGUCUCGAAACCUCUGCUGGACGUUCUGGAGCAGUAUUACGACGAAUGCCAGUCGUGGGGCGACCAGCCUGGUGACCAGAAGCUCGGCCAGUGUAUCCAGCGGUACGGUGAAACUCAGCUGACCCUCUGGCCCUCGCUGUACCAGAUGGAUAUGAAGGGUGACGUCGACGGAAUCUACGAGUCCGGCAAGAAGAUCGAGUCGGUUCACCACUGGAACAGCUGGUACAGCAAGGAUGUCGUGAAGAUGACCACUGUCGCGGCUGCUGCCGGUCGCCGGUCCGUUCUCCGUCGCUGGGUUUUCGACCAGGAGGAACACGUGAACAGUGCCGGCCAGACGGUCCGCUCGUUCUGGAUCAUGACCAACGGACAAUCACUGAUCAAAUACACCUAUGACGAGGGCAUUCCCGACGAUAUCAUCAACUUCGACGACGUCGAGAAGACGUGGGAAGAGGAUCCCCGGGGAUACGAGAACCGCCUGGGAGGUAUGCGUCCCGUGGACCAAGAAGGGGUCACCAAAGACCGGUGGCACCUGCGGGAGGCCUACGUCGUGGGCGAUAACGUGCACCAGUGGUAUGUGCGGGAAGAAGAUGAGGGCCACAGUGUCAUUGAGGUCGUGUGGCUUGGCCCUCAAGGUGGUGGCGGGGCCGGUGUGAAGGACUAUGUUAGGAAUUGA